UGCCUCUAUCAUUAGCUCGGGUAGUCCCCGUUUCUGGUGUUUUAGUCACCUUUCAAUGGCUCCCUUAAUUAUGUGCAAGGAAUUUCCCUCUUGAGUAAUGGGAAAAGGGCUAGUCCCCGAAAAUGCCCUUUCUCGUUGGGGCAUCUUCUUUGGCUAAUUGUGAAAUCAUCUGCUGUUGGCAUAUCAGCUCUUCUUUCCCCAGGAGCGUGACCAGUAGCCGGGAGGACUGGCUAUUGAAUCAGCUGCUACUGUUGUCCCCUUUUCUCGUAUCAGCUGUGGGUCGUCGAGGAAGGGGGAUAGAUUCACUAUUCAUAUGAAUACGUCUCUCGAAAUGCCUUUUGAAUGGACAUCUGAGAUUAUAAGAAUGGAAAGAGAGAGCCAAAGCAGGGCAGGGACUUCUAGACUAGCCAGGGACCUCAGAAGCUCGCUCGCUCUUGGAGCUGUGAGGGAAGGGAAUGAGGAUGGCAUAAGCUCUUUGAUGUUGAUGCAAGUGCGCAAGUGAAGAAGAAUGCUUUAGAUUCCAAGUAAGGGCAUUCUCUCCCUUAUCGAGCUAGGCUAGGUAGUCAAAACCUCAGUAAAGAUAGCACCUACGCAAGGCACAAAGCCUCUCUAAAACCCUAGAUCGAAUCCGGUCUUAGCAUAAAAUCCUUCUUUUCGAGAAGGAAGUAAGGCAUUGGAAUUAGGAAAGGAAAUGGCAUUAGCAUUAGCCCCUACCAAAGCCAGGAGCCGAAAAGAGAUAGAUGCGCUUACUGCUUCGAAGUGACAUAGAAAAUAGUAAUAUAAUGGAUCCCCAAUAGCUCUUGCCGUGAUAGCUUUUGACAGCAGACGAUUCGGUGUCAAAGAGUCAACUAUAGCAAUUCUUGGGCCAAUCGUUCUAUGCUUUAUCUUUCUUUCUGCCUUCGAGUCACUCGCUUCUUUAGCCUUAACCCCGUAAAGUUCCUUCGCUUCCCGCCUUUGUUUGGGCUUAGUUACGGCCAUUCUCGUUUGAACAAGAGUAAGAGUGUGAUCUCCCCUGGUAUUCUCCGAGAGCUUAGACGCCACCGGGCUUAUUCCUCAAAGAAGGUAUUCUCUAGCCCUCUUCUUCUUUCAAACCUGAAAACAGAAAGGACUAGCAGCCUAUACUUUUCUAUUGAUCACGACUCUCGGGUCUUCUUCUUCUUCCUUGCUAGUAGCCGGGCCAUCUCUUCAGGCAUGAUUAUAAGCUCUCUCUCUUCUGUUCCGCUCAGCGAAAGUCUAGUAGUAUCAUUAGCAUGUGCUUAGUAGCAGUUUGCAACUCCGCUUCCGUCGUUCCCGCCCGCCUGUCCUAUUUGAUUCAGUCAGUCGUCUGAAAGUGCUUGCGGGGCUUCUCAUAGAGAGCCGCCGGGGAAUUCGAUGUCAGAAAUCGUUCCUCUUCAGAGAGAGGGGGGGGGCUCGUGGCGAAAUGAUUGAAGGGUCGGGUUUCUAUUCAAUCUAAGAGUCAAUUAUCACGAUGCUCUACCGCUUAUAAUACUAAGAACCAAUCCUUCCUCAAAAGAAUAGAAUCCAUCCUUCUGCGACUUUCCUCUAUCUGGCUAUUACAAAAUUGUCAAGUGAACUUGAAGUUGUGGAGUUUCGUAGAGUGAUGUUCGAGAUCGCCUCUGUGUGGUUCACCCUAAGUAGCUAACCGAAUCGGAACUGACUGAAAGGACUGCAAAGAGGAUCUAACUGUUUAGAGCCAGAACACUAUAUGCCGAGAAUAGGCUGCGACGAAUAGGUUCUUGUCUCUUUGAAUCGUAUCAUUCUGACGUCGAAUACGACAGGAUUUAGAAGCUCAUCUAACUCUCAAUUGAAUAAGAGAAGAGCGUAGAAAAGAAAGGUUUUUAUUUUGCUAAGACAAAGAAAAAAAAGCUUUCUCCGAGAAAGGUUCACGUGAGGGUCCGAAGGAGGCUUUUCUCUUUUUAUAUCGAGAUUCAGUUGGUCUUCAGUGUACCCGGUACAAGAUAGAGAAGAAUGCAUUGGAUGGAUGCCCGGGCAUUGAGAAGGAAGGACGCUUUCAAAGGCGAAAGGCCAUGGGGAGAUACCGUCUGUGAUCCAUGGAUCUCCGAUCGGGAAACCGUCUCCAAGCUCCGUGGCGAGUCUGCGCUCUUUGGACUUUUCAAACUUAGCGAACUGAAACAUCUGACUAGCUAAAGGAAGGGAAAUCAACCGAGACCCCGUUAGUAGCGGCGAGCGAGAGCGGAUUGGGGUUUUGAAGAAAAAGAAAGACGUCGCCAGAAAGUGUGAACUUCUUUUUCGCCAGGUUUCAUUCGUGGAUUGGAUGAUGGAAAAACCAAGCAAGCUGCUUUACCGAGUUUACGAGGUAAAGGGCGCAGUGAACUGUAAUUGUGAAAAGGUUGGAAGAUCUGGCCAAAGAAGGUGAUAGCCCUGUAGAUUCGUUCCCAUGGUUCGAUCCUUCCCAGUAAAACGCGGCGUGUUCGAAUUCUGAUCGCUUUUACGCGAGAAAGGGGGACCACCCUCUAAGCCUGACGUAUUCCUCAAUGACCGAUAGCGUACAAGUACCGUGAGGGAAAGGUGAAAAGAACCCUAAAUAGGGAGUGCAAUAGAGAACCUGAGAUCCGAUGCGAACAAUCAGUCGAAGGGGAGCCUUUACGCCUUUACUUUUAAGUAAAGCGCACUUACUCUAACGGCGUACCUUUUGCAUGAUGGGUCAGCGAGGAAAUGGGAACAGCGGCUUAAGCCAUUAGGUGUAGGCGCUUUCCAGAGGUGGAAGAUUCUAGUUCUUCCUAUUUGACCCGAAACCGAUCGAUCUAGCCAUGAGCAGGUUGAAGAGAGCUCUAACAGGCCUUGGAGGACCGAACCCACGUAUGUGGCAAAAUACGGGGAUGACUUGUGGCUAGGGGUGAAAGGCCAACCAAGAUCGGAUAUAGCUGGUUUUCCGCGAAAUCUAUUUCAGUAGAGCGUAUGAUGUCGAUGGCCCGAGGUAGAGCACUCAAUGGGCUAGGGCAUUUCGCCUUACCAACCCCAGGGAAACUCCGAAUACAGGCCUAGAUCGUUUGUACAGACAGACUUUUG